AUGGUCAUGAUCAGGCAACUUCAGUUAUUGACAACGAGCAGGAGACUCCGUCGACGAUAUGGGUCAUGCGGUCAAUUGGUUUUCAGUGAAACAGGACGAGGGCCCGUGAGGGACGGUUGCAAUCCUCAGGGCCGCACCGGUUUUCCGGUUUUAAACUCGGCGAGAAAGCUCAUCUCGAACACUGUUUCUGACAACGUGUCGAAAAGCUCAAUGCUACAUUGGUCGCACGCAAAAAUAGAUACUUUGAAUUUCUUCGUCGGAUCAUGCCCUCUACCCCUUCCAUGUUUACUUCUGAAGAAGAGAGGGCAGCAAAGUAGCUUCGACGGACUUCGAGCAGCGCAAAGUAGGCCUAUUAGGGGCUUCGCCGACCAUUUUCCUUUUUUCGCUGCUGAGCAUCAGUGUAACUUGUUAGUUCGCCCAGACACAUUCUUUGGAAAUCACAUUUCCCGCCAGGCUUACAGUACAGGCAGCGCUUACGGUUACAGUGGCAAUGGUGAAAAUGGGAGGAGCGAAGAUCAAGAUGACGAGCGCACUCGAAAAGGCACUGAGGGCACGACACCGGUGGUGGACCACAUAGCCCGUGGCGUGGACGGUGCAACACAUCCCGCGCCCUCAUCGUCCAGCGCGACGACUACUUCCUCUGGACGCGGCAGCAGCUACGCGGGCGGUGCCACGAGCUCCACUGGGACUGCAGCAGAGCAUUCCUCGUACGAGCGGAUGCAGGAGCAAUUGAGUGACCUUCAUGCGCGCGCCCGGACGUUGCCGCGGGUUGCGCUGGCAGCAGUGGUCGGGGUUCUAGCGGUAGCCGGAAAUAUCGUGCAGAACAAAGUUCAUCUCUUCCCCGCAAUGCAAGGCCGACGCGACCAGAGACGCUUCUCACUGGUCAUGCUGCAUCAGCGAGUGCACAAGAAGUGGCGGGGGCCCAGAGAGCAUAUUAUAAGCUAACUUGUUACUGUUUGCAAGAAGAUGGUGCACGACUCAGUGACACCUCGCUCCCCGUAGUUGCCUUCUUUGCAGACAAUUUUUGCAUCCUGUAUACAUCAACUGAGCAGGCGACGCGUGUCGCUGCUUCUACGCACGACUUCUACUCGUGCCUGCGCUUUUUGUUCCCUUCAUUUCAUUGAUGUCCUCCUGGCACGAAAAUUAUAGAAGACAGCUACACAUUUAUGAAGAGGCCGAUCUUGUUGCUCCGGAAAAAUCUUUGUUCCUCUGUUUUGUACAGGUCGGUAGUUCAUGUGGGUUGGGCUUUGAUGAUCAUCUUUCUUAACUGUGAUACGACGCGUGAUGUAUCUGCGGUGGCAUUGGGUACUUGAUACGGUCUCCGACAACACCAACAAGGUGGUCCAUCAAGUGGUCCAGAACCCGGAAUUGAAGGACAGCACGGCAUAUCAAAUGUAAAAGUGUCUGGGUCUGGAAGAAUGCAACUUGUGAUGCUAACGCUGGACUCUAAAAAAAUCUGUAUUGCGUGACCAGUAAGAGGAGUAUAUUUUGUGCUCCGCGGAAGUGGCAUUUGUCAUGCGGAAUAGGCAUGAGGAAGCGCUCCAAAAAUCUGUGAUGCUACGGCAUGCAUCACAGACAUCAGUGGUCAUGGAAAAUGUGCAUGACAAACCUGGCAAUCUUCCAGACCCAGACAUUUUUACAUUUGAUACGGCACUCUUCUCGAAAGAUGUGCUGCUGCAGCUGUUUCGUGAUCCGGUUGUCCAGCAGCAGGUGGGCCUGUGGCUUCUGGAAAUCUUACAGCAUUUCCAAGCCCCGCUCGCGGGUCGCGUGGCAGACCUGCUCCAGGAGCCGUUGGUGCUUGCAAAACUGACGGAGCUCGGCGUGCAGUGGAUCCAGCUGCUCGUAGAACAGGAGGCCGUGAAGCAAACCCUGGGCGUGCUGGUGGUGCAGGUUCUGCAGCGGGAGGAGGUGCUGCAGCAGGUUUCGUCGCUGGUGCAGCAGGUGGUGCAAGAGGAGGGCGUGAAGCAGAAUACCGUAUGAGUUGUAGAUGAGAAGUCGUUCUUGCGCGCCACUUCUUCUUGCGCUCCCCGCCUGCCCGCUCGUUUGAUGAAGGGCAUCGGCUUGUUGGUUGAAAGAAAGCACGAGCAGUACAAGCCACAAUGCAGUUUCAGUUUUCGCAGCCACCACUUGAACACACGCGAGGCAGGUCUUACUCACUACGUGUCAUCAAAAUAGAGUUUUUGAUUUUGAUGCUUUUGCAUGACAAAUGAGUAUAAGUUGGAAGAGGAGUUGUGGUGGGUCUGGAGUUGUGCACUCUCAUAUACCGGGAAAAGCCUGUACGAGAUAGUCACUACAGAGGAGGCCGUAGACCGGGUCACCCGUUUGGGGAGGCAGGCACUGCAUGGCUUGCUCGCGGACGAGCAGCUGAAGGAUCAGGUCGUGCAAACAUUGUCCGAUACGCUCCGGCGGGACGAGGUGCAGAAGCAGGGACGCGCGGCGCUGUGGCAAAUUGUGCUGCCGUCUUGGCUGGCGCGCACGGGCGACAAGGCAACCGCAGACCAGCCGGCGCACCACAAUGUCACGACGGCAUUUGCGAAUUUGCUCGACCCCGCGAACUGGCAGCAUGUCCCAGCCGCCGAGCGUGCAGCGCUCGCGAAACAAAUGCUCAAGCUGCUGGACACAGAGGCGGCAGCGGUAACCGGUCAAGCUGCUCCAAACGACCACGGUAACAAACAAGACGAAAACUUGUCUUCGACGUCACCUCCGGUGCUGGAACAAGUAGGCGUAAAACAAAAACACCAAGAACCGCAACAAGAACACGACCGCGCGGACAAGGAUAAAGGCACAGGCAACGCGCCAGUGAGUACGUUGCUACCACAAAAUGAUGAAUCCCACCGCACGACGUUCCAAGGACGAGAUCAGGCAGCAGCAUCAGACACCGAACAAAAGCUCGCGCACGCGCCUGCAACUAUUGUAUGGAGUGCGGAUCCAAGUGAGUGAUCCUAAACAAGGCAGCUAAAUGAAAUCGCCGUAGAUCUUCGCACUGACUUGAGUGCUUUUUGCACUUCCUGUGUUUUUUUUUGCAUCAUUGCCGAAUUUUGAAUCGACGAGAAGGGAAAGAGUUAUCGGCAAAUCUGCAUGAAAAUUUCGACUUGGAAGGAGGUUUUUCAUCGAGAAGGCUAGCUGCAGGUUGUUGACCUAGAAUCAUCCAUUUCCCGCCUAUAUUCUGACACAGCUCCUGUGGAGGAUCAUCUUGAGAAAACAAGCUUAAAGCAGGGGCACGAACGUGGUACACCAGAAGGCCGCGGCGACUUGUUCCACAAGAACCUCGAGGACAGCAGAACGAUGCUGACCACCGUUGUAUCAUAUUUGAAGGAGCCCCCAAACUACCUCCACAACAGAAUAACCCGCAUUCUAGCUGUGUGAAAUAACUUGAGUCCACAUCAUGUUGGAGAGCCGACUAUCAGUUGCGCAAGGUGGUCGUGGUGCUGUCGUCGUUACAAGCGAAAAUAACAUAAACGUGAAAAAAACUAUCACGGUCACGUCGCAACUACGUCGAAGCGAAUGUAUAAGUGGUGGGAGGUGUUCGCUCCUGCAAUGUACCUCCAUCCUGCGUUGGAGCUGGUCAUGCUCUACUACUGGAAGCGCCACAGAAUGCUUUUGUUUAUUUUUACUAGACUUUCAUCACUUGCAAUUGCUUAACCUCGAGUAAGCAGCGGUAGUUGCUUUGUUGUAAUUUGUCCUGAAUGAAGCACGAGCACCAGACCAUCUGCAUUCUCUUCUUUGCGUGUGAACAGAAACAUUGAUUGUGGUCGUUUCGCAAGGAGAGGGAGGACGGGGCGCCUUUUAUUGAGCUGAUACAUGAACAAAACCACCCCGACAGGGAAGACCAUCGCCUCCUAUCAGCCAGCAAAAUCGGAUGGAGAUGGUGAAAGAAAAGCGCCGGCUGCGGUCCCAAUAGCAAAAGCAAUAAAGGAUGACGGUGAAGACAGUGAAAGACCGCAGGACUCUGCUGAGAAAAGACCUCCGCGGCGAAAUGUUGCAUCAAGCGAGCCUCUAUCUUCUGCAACAGUCUUAUCUUCAGAGUCAGGUACUAUAAAACUGGUCGAGGAUCAUUUAUCAUCAUUGUCAUGCAGAGAAAGGAAAAGCAGGUCCCCAACGGAGCAGUACCAGUAGCAGUAGUUACUAGAUAAAUAAAUUUAUGUAUAAACUUUCGGGUGCUAUUAAAAGUUGGAGCCCACUUUUUUCCUGACUGUGACACAGACGGACUCAAUUUGCAUAAGCUCCAGCUGAGGAAGACACGCGCUCGUCAGGAGUUGCUCCUGGUUGUUCAUCGCCUCAGCAACCCGAGCCGCAACCCGAAGUCGACGCCCAUGGCCAACACAAUGAACCGGUGCGGCAUAUGGGAUUCUCAAACGUUACUACAUGGUUUGCUGUUACGUGAUUUCAUCUCAUGCAAAACUACCAUAGGCCUUACUAGUCUCAUCUACAGGUUACACGAUCAAGAAGCUACUUCGCGUGACAAACUCUCGAAGAGCUGAACAGCAUAGAAAUCUGUGCCGAGUUUGAAAUGUGAGAGGUGAUGAAAGAGAAGGCAAAGAAGUUCCCCCUCUCCUUUUGCCAUUCUUGCGUCGGUAAAAAAUCAUGUACCAGCUGACAACGUAACGCAUGAGAGAUCCAUAAAGCAAGACGAACAACGCAGCCACGACAUCGGCUCGGACUCGGAGUGUGCUGCUGUACUGCCGCCGACCUUGGUUGUCGACUAG